CGUCAGGCGGGUGUCGUCACUUCCAGUGUCUCCUCCUGUCCGUGCGGCUUCCUGGCUGCUGCCCCGGAUGGUGUAUAGCGGUAGCGGAGCUGCUGCGGCUGCUGCUCUCCUGUCACCUGACGCAGCGGCCGGCGGCCCUCUUCCUCCUCCUCACCCCGCUCCCGUGUCGGAAACCUCAUCCUCCUGCCCCCGGAGUUCUAGCUCGUCAACCUCUAGUCCUCGCUCUUCCCCCGGCCUCCCCGCCCCGGUGUCCCGCCCGGAGGGGGCCCGGCUGCCGAAGAUGGCGGCGGGGGCUGCAGCGGGAUCCUUGGAGUGGUUGGUGCUUAGAGAUGGAUGUCUGCGCUGUGAUGAGCACGGUGUGAGCAGUUUAUCCUAUCAUCCGGCGCUGAACGCCAUCCUGGCCGUCACCACCCGGGGCAGCAUCAAAGUCAUCGACGGCACGUCCGGGGCCAUUCUGCAGGCGUCCGCCAUACACGCAAAGCCUGGUGGUCGGGUGAAGUGUCAGUAUUUUCCAACUGUGGAUAAAGUUAUCUUUGUGGAUGACUAUGCAGUGGGUUGUCGGAAGGAUCUAAAUGGCAUUUUAUUAUUAGACACCGCACUUCAGACUCCAGUCUCUAAAUCAGAUGAUGUAGUCCAGCUUGAAUUGCCAGUUACUGAGGUGCAGCAGUUGUUAUCCGCUUGCCUAGAGAAGAUCGAUGUGUCCAGUGCAGAAGGCUAUGAUUUAUUUAUUAUGCAGCUCAAGGAUGGCUUUAAAAAUACCUCACACGAGACAGCAGCAAAUCAUAAGGUUGCCAAGUGGGCAACUGUCACAUUUCAUCUUCCUCAUCAUGUGUUAAAGUCAGUAACCGGUGCCAUUGUGAACGAGCUGAAGAAGAUAAAUCAAAACGUUGCGGCGCUGCCUGUAGCAUCUUCUAUAAUGGACAGACUGUCCUACCUGUUACCUAGUGCAAGGCCUGAGCUUGGCGUGGGACCAGGACGAUCUGUGGAUCGGUCCUUGAUGUAUAGUGAAGCGAACAGACGGGAGACCUUCACUUCUUGGCCACAUGUUGGCUACAGGUGGGCUCAGCCCGACCCUAUGGCUCAAGCAGGUUUUUACCAUCAGCCAGCUUCCUCAGGAGAUGAUCGAGCCAUGUGCUUCACGUGUAGCGUAUGUUUAGUUUGCUGGGAACCUACAGAUGAACCAUGGUCUGAACACGAGAGACAUUCCCCAAACUGUCCUUUUGUGAAAGGUGAACAUACUCAGAAUGUACCCCUCUCGGUUACUCUUGCAACAUGUCCUGCCCAGUUUCCCUGCACAGAUGGCACAGAUAGAAUAUCCUGUUUUGGGGUGGGGAACUGUCCACACUUUCUAGCUACUGCAACAAAAAGAGGAAAAAUUUGUGUGUGGGAUGUAUCUAAACUUAUGAAGGUGCACUUAAAAUUUGAGGUAAAUGCAUAUGACCCUGCAAUAGUUCAGCUCCUAGCUCUUGCUGGUGACUCGAGCACUACCGCGGUGGAGACUCGAAGACCAACACUUGCGUGGUUAGAAGAUUCAUCCAGUUGUUCAGAUAUUCCAAAAUUAGAGGGAGACAGCGAUGACUUGCUCGAUGAUUCAGAUAGCGAGGAGCGAUCAAGAUCUGACUCAGUAACAGGGCACACUUCUCAGAAGGAAACUCUGGAGAUAGGCUUGGAUAUAACUGCUCUUAGUAUACUGCAGCAGCCAGAGAAGCUACAGUGGGAGAUUGUGGCUAAUGUUCUUGAAGAUACUGUAAAGGAUUUAGAAGAACUUGGAGCAAAUCCUGCUUUAGUUGGUUGUAAAAAUGAAAAGACCAAGGAAAAACACUUAGAACAGCACAACAUUCCCUUUCCUUGCUUACUGACCGGUGGUUUAUUGACCUACAAGUCCCCCGUCUCCUCCCCCACAAGUAGCAAUUCUCGCAGGUCGCUCGAUGCUUUAAGCAGGACUCCCGGUGAGAGCUCCUCAGAGCAGGGCUCCACUGAUAAUGAAUCUGGCACGAACUCUGAUCUUAACUCUCCUAUGGUGAAAAGGACGCUACCUAUUUUACUGCUUUACAGCAUUAAAGAGUCUGACGAAAAAGCAGGGAAACUUUUUUCUCAUAUGAACAAUAUUAUGAGCAAAAGUCUACACGAUGAUGGAUUUACUGUCCCACAAAUCAUUGAGAUGGAGCUCGAUAGCCAGGAGCAGUUGCUUCUUCAAGACCCCCCAGUCACUUACAUCCAGCAGUUUGCUGAGGCCACAGCCAGUCUGACGUCCCCUGACACAGACAAGUGGACGUCUAUGGUUCCCAAGCCUGGGACACUGGUGCAGUGCAUGCGGCUGCCUAAGUUUGCAGAGGAGGAGAACCUCUGUGUAGAUUCCAUUAUACCUUGCGCUGAUGGCGUCCAUCUCUUAAUAGGUUUACAGAAAUGUCCUGCCGAGUCCUUGAGUGCAAUAAAUCAAGUAGAGGCCUUGAAUAAUUUAAACAAAUUGAAUUCGGCUCUUUGCAGUAGAAGGAAAGGAGAAGCUGAGCACUGUCUCGGCAGUGUGAAUGGGACAAGUAUCAAUGUUAUCCCCUGUGAGUCUUCAGCCGAUGUUCACGACCCUUUAAUUAUUCAACCAGUCCAGAGGAGUGUGAGUGGUGGAUACUUGUUGAUUUACAAAAUGAAUUAUACAACCAGAAUAGUGACUCUGGAAGAGCAACCGGUAAAAAUCUUGCAUAUUAAAGACCCUCAGGAUGCUAUUACCUCACUUAUUUUAUUACAACCUGAUAUUUUAGAUAACAGAGAGGACGACUGUGAGGAGUCUUCAGAAGACGCCCCACUGACUCCUAAAAAUCUGGGCGGUAAAGAGAAGAAAUUGGAAUUGCAUAGCCUAGGACAUUUAGUGGUAACAACGCAAGGUGGAUUUGUGAAAAUUUUAGAUCUUUCAACAUUUGAGGUCAUGGCUAAAGUGGAUCCACCGAAAAAGGAAGGAACAGAUGAUGCUGACCCUUUUGUAUCAGUUGUCUACUGUUCGGGCACAGACAGAUUAUGUGCCUGUACUAAAGGUGGAGAACUUCAUUUUCUUCAAAUUGGAGGAACAUGUGAUGAUCUUGAUGAAACGGAUAUCCUUGUUGAUGGGUCAUUGACAAAGGGGGUAGAGCAGUUAACAGAAGGCAUCAAGCCGUUGUCAAACCCUUCAAGUCCUGGUAUCACAAGUGUGGACCUUUUAGUGGAGCAGCAAUUCUCCCUGGAAAUGUUGACCUGCUUAGUAGAACUAACUCGUUUUGAGACUCUGAUACCAAGGUUUUCUGCAACUGUGCCACCAUGCUGGGUGGAAGUUCAGCAGGAACAACAACAAAGACGCCAUCCCCAACAUUUGCACCAGCAGCACCAUGGCGAUGCUGCCCAGCACACCCGUACUUGGAAACUGCAGAAUGACAGCACCAGCUGGGAUGAACACGUCUUUGAACUGGUGUUACCAAAAGCCUGUAUGGUGGGGCAUGUUGACUUCAAGUUUUUGCUGAAUUCAAACAUCACUAACAUUCCACAAAUCCAAGUGACAUUGCUCAAAAACAAGGCACCGGGAUUAGCCAAAGUUAAUGAGACACCAGUGGAUAGACACAUAUCCUUUCCUCUGUCCGCAGCCUUCAAUGUUGAAGUGCAGAGAAAUGGAAAGCCUACUCUGGUGGAUCUAAAUGAGGACAUGCAGAACAUGGAUGUGGAGGAUUCUCUGUGCCCACGGUUGUGCCCAUUUUUGGAAGAACACAAAGAAGAUAUCCUAUGUGGUCCAGUGUGGCUGGCAAGUGGUCUUGAUCUAUCAGGUCAUGCGGGAAUGCUGACCUUGACAAGUCCUAAGCUUGUAAAAGGUAUGGCCGGAGGCAAGUAUCGGUCCUUUUUAAUUCAUGUGAAGGCUGUGAAUGAUAGAGGAUCAGAAGACCUUUGCAAUGGUGGAGCCAGACCAGUUGUAAGGAUGCCCUCUUUAAAACCACAGAGUGUAAAGGGGCACUCUCUUGCUUCAUUGUUGGCUAAGGUGGUACCAGGCAAGGACAAAUCCACAUCAAAACUUGAUAACAGCACCUCGUCCCGGAAAGUCGAUAACCUCAGGGGGUGUGACCUCCUCCAGGAAGUGUCUGUAACAAUACGACGCUUCAAAAAAACCUGUAUUCCAAAAGAAAGGGUCCAGCGAUGCGCCAUGCUGCAGUUCUCCGACUUUCAUGAGAAGCUUCUGCACACACUCUGUAAAAAGACAGCUGAUGGACUGGCUACAGAGCAUGCACAGAGUUUGGUUCUAGAUAUUCUUUGUUGGCUGGCUGGUGUACAUUCUAAUGGACCGGGCAGCUUACGAGAAGGAAAAGAGAGCUUGUUGUCUAAAACGAGACGAUGUCUUUCCGAUAUUGUGCGCACAUGUUUUUUUGAAGCAGGACGAAGUAUAGCUCAUAAAUGUGCCCGCUUCUUAGCACUCUGCAUAAGCAAUGGAAAAUGUGAUCCGAAUCAACAAGGCUUUGGCUUUGUCCUUUUGAAAGCUUUGCUGGAAAACAUGAGUUAUCUUCCCUCUUCAGCAACUGGAGGAGCAGUCUACUGGUACUUUGUCUUGUUAAAUUACGUGAAGGAUGAAGAUCUGGCUGGUUGUAGCACUGCCUGUGCCUCUCUGCUCACUGCCGUGUCCAGACAGCUGCAGGACCGGCUUACACCUAUGGAGGCGCUACUUCAGACUAGAUAUGGACUGUACAGUUCUCCUUUUGAUCCAGUACUCUUUGAUUUGGAAGUCAGCGGCUCCUCAUGUAAAAACAUAUACAAUAGUAGCUCUGGAAUCCAGUCAGAUGAAAUUGACCUUUCAGAUGUUCUUUUAGGUAGCGGAAAAGUGAACAGCAGCACAGCUGCCGAGGGCAGUUUCACGUCUCUGACUGGGCUGUUAGAAGUUGAGCCUUUGCACUUUACUUGCGUUUCCACAAGUGAUGGCACCAGAAUUGAGAGGGACGAUGCAAGUACAUUUACAGUGAGUACGUUUGGCGUGACCCCAGCAGUGGGCGGCUUGUCUGCUGGUACAGUGGGAGAAGCCUCAACCGCUCUGAGCUCCGCAGCUCAGGUCGCUCUACAAUCGCUCUCUCAUGCAAUGGCCUCAGCCGAACAGCAGCUCCAGGUACUGCAAGAGAAACAACAACAGCUUCUGAAGCUUCAGCAACAGAAGGCGAAACUGGAGGCCAAAUUGCAUCAGACCACAGCAGCCGCUGCCGCAGCUGCCUCUGCGGUGGGCCCAGUUCACAACUCUGUGCCUUCCAACCCUGUGGCUGCACCGGGAUUCUUUAUCCAUCCAUCUGAUGUCAUCCCUCCCACCCCAAAAACGACUCCUCUCUUCAUGACGCCGCCACUCACACCACCUAAUGAAGCCGUAUCAGCCGCCAUCAAUGCUGAACUCGCUCAGUUGUUCCCUGGCGCAGUUAUUGAUUCUCCUCCUGCCAUUCUUGCAGGACAUGGCAAAAACGCUAGCAAAUCUAGAGGGACCCAACUGGGCUCAGGUCUUGCUCUGGCCAUCUCCCACGCUUCUCAUUUCCUGCAGCCACCGCCUCAUCAGUCCAUUAUUAUUGAAAGAAUGCAUUCUGGUGCUCGAAGAUUUGUGACUUUAGAUUUUGGCAGGCCUGUGCUCCUUACAGAUAUUCUUAUUCCCACCUGUGGUGAUUUGGCCUCUUUAUCAAUUGACAUUUGGAGCUUAGGCGAAGAAGUUGAUGGUAGAAGAUUAGUCGUUGCAACUGACAUCAGCACCCAUUCACUCAUAUUACAUGAUUUGUUACCUCCACCGGUUUGCAGGUUCAUGAAGAUUACAGUCAUUGGACGAUAUGGAAGUACAAAUGCCCGGGCAAAGAUCCCACUGGGCUUUUAUUAUGGCCAUACCUAUAUUUUACCUUGGGAAAGUGAACUGAAACUAAUGCAUGACCCACUCAGAGGUGAAAGUGAGUCCUCAAGUCAGCCAGAGAUUGACCAGCAUCUCACCAUGAUGGUGGCUCUUCAGGAAGAUAUCCAGUGCAGGUAUAAUUUGGCCUGCCAUCGAUUAGAGACUCUGCUGCAAAGUAUUGACCUCCCCCCUCUGAACAGUGCCAACAACGCACAAUAUUUUCUAAGAAAGCCAGACAAAGCUGUUGAGGAGGACAGCAGAGUGUUUUCUGCUUAUCAAGACUGCAUCCAGCUUCAACUCCAGCUGAACCUGGCUCAUCAUGCAGUUCAGAGGCUUAAAGUUGCCCUCGGCGUGAGCAGGAAAACCUUGAUAGAACAGUUUGACUGUAGAGAGCUCAUUCACACAUCUUCAACUGAGCAGCUUCGCACAAUCAUCCGUUACCUUCUGGACACUUUGCUUAGCCUCCUUCACUCUUCAAAUGGACAUUCUGUGCCAGCGGUGCUCCAGAACACUUUCCAUGCUCAGGCUUGUGAAGAGCUCUUCAAGCACUUGUGUAUAAGUGGAACCCCAAAGAUUCGGCUGCACACUGGCCUUCUUCUGGUGCAGCUUUGCGGUGCAGAGAGGUGGUGGGGUCAAUUUCUUUCCAAUGUACUGCAGGAACUUUACAACUCGGAGCAGCUUCUGAUCUUCCCUCAAGAUCGAGUCUUUAUGCUGCUUUCUUGCAUAGGCCAAAGAUCACUUAGUAACAGUGGAGUCCUUGAAAGCUUAUUAAAUCUUCUAGACAGUCUGUUAUCACCUCUACAACCACAUCUUCCUGUGUACCGACGUGUUGAAGGUGUCCUAGACAUUCCGUUGAUAAGCUGGGUGGUCAUGCUGGUUUCUCGCCUACUGGAUUAUGUUGCCACUGUAGAAGAUGAAGCUGCGGCCUCCAAAAAACCUUUAAAUGGCAAAGAACGAGAGAGGUUCCUCACAGGGAAUCAAUGGAGUUUUAUAAAUAAUAGCCUGCACACACACAGCCUGAAUAGGUCAACCAAAGGAAGCAGCAGCUUGGAUAGGCUGUAUUCCAGGAAGAUCAGAAAACAGCUCGUUCACCACAAACAGCAACUUAACCUACUAAAGGCAAAACAGAAGGCUUUAGUAGAGCAAAUUGAAAAAGAGAAAAUACAGAGCAACAAGGGAUCCUCUUACAAGCUGCUGGUGGAACAAGCAAAGCUCAAACAAGCCACUUCUAAGCACUUUAAAGAUUUAAUACGCCUUCGCCGCACUGCUGAGUGGCCUCGGUCUGCUCAAGACACAGAAGUAUCUGCAACCAAAGAGAGCCCAGAAAUUGAGCCUCUGCCUUUCACCUUGGCGCAUGAGCGUUGUAUUUCUGUCGUGCAGAAGCUAGCUCUUUUUCUUUUGUCUAUGGACUUCACUUGUCAUGCUGAUCUCCUCCUGUUUGUAUGCAAGGUGCUUGCCAGAAUAGCAAAUGCCACCCGUCCGACUAUACAUUUGUGUGAGGUUGUGAAUGAACAGCAACUGGAAAGACUUCUGCUGCUGUUGGUUGGCACAGACUUUAACCGAGGAGACAUUUCUUGGGGUGGUGCCUGGGCACAAUAUUCUUUGACGUGCAUGCUUCAAGACAUUUUAGCAGGGGAGCUGUUGGCACCUAUAGCUGCUGAAGCCCUGGAUGAGUCUGCCAUGGGAGACGAGGCAGCAGCUGCAGCUGGUGACUCCGAUGAUUCAUUGCCGCAGUCCUCAGUCAUACCAUUAGUGGAAACGGUGGAUGAGCCUUUAACUCCUGACAUCACAGGUGCUCCUCCUCUAUCAUCUUUGGAUAAAGAUAAAGACAUUGACCUUGAAUUACUGCAAGACCUGAUGGAAGUUGAUAUUGAUCCUUUAGAUAUUGAUUUGGAAAAAGAUCCUCUUGCAGCCAAAGUCUUCAAGCCGAUCAGCAGCACAUGGUAUGAUUAUUGGGGUGCAGAUUAUGGCACCUACAAUUACAAUCCUUACCACAUUGGAGGUGUUGGGCUUCCUGUAGCAAAACCAGCAGCCACGACAGAAAAAAAUGGUACCCAAACUGUGACCGUAUCUGUGUCUCAAGCACUAGAUGCCCGUUUGGAGGUUGGUCUUGAACAGCAAGCAGAAUUAAUGUUGAAAAUGAUGUCCACUCUUGAGGCGGAUUCCAUUCUACAAGCGCUGACCAAUUCAUCACCAACUAUAUCACAGCCUUCUGGUGGGACGGACGACUCUUUAUUACGAGGGCUUCAUGUGUCGAGUCAGGCGAACCAGCUAAUUGUUCAGUCGUCUUCCAUUCCAAUGCUGAGUGCCUGCUUCAACAAGCUCUUUUCAAUGUUGCAAGUGCAUCAUGUUCAGCUCGAGUCUCUUCUGCAGUUAUGGCUCACAUUGAGCCUAAAUUCUAGCUCCAAUGGGGGCAAGGAAAAUGGAAGCGACCUGUUCUUAUACCAUGCUAAUAGAGUGCCGGUCAUCUCUGUAAAUCAAGCUUCUAUAACAAGCUUUUUAACAGUCCUGUCCUGGCAUCCAAGUACUUUACUCCGGACAUGGUGCCUUGUGCUUCAUAGCCUCACUCUUAUGACUAACAUGCAACUGAACUCUGGACCCAGCAGCACUAUUGGAGCUCAGGAAAACACUGCCCAACUAUUAGUUUCAGACUCAAACCUCCUUCACGUCCUUGUGAAAUUUCUCUCAGGAACAAACCCUCAUGGGACCAACCAGCACAGUCCCCAGGUUGGGCCCACUGCUACUCAGGCAAUGCAGGAGUUCCUGACGCGGCUACAAGUCCAUCUUUCUUCUACCAGCCCUCAGAUGUUCAGUGAAUUUUUACUAAAGCUUAUACACAUACUCUCCACAGAGAGAGGUCCUUUUCAGACAGGACAAGGGCCCCUGGAUGCUCAGGUGAAACUCUUAGAAUUCACUCUGGAACAGAAUUUCGAAGUUGUCUCGGUCAGCACCAUUUCUUCUGUAAUAGAGUCCGUUUCCUUUCUGGUUCAUCACUACAUUACCUGCUCUGACAAAGUGGUAUCCCGCAGUGGAUCUGAUAGCUCUGUUGGCGCACGGGCCUGCUUUGGAGGCUUGUUUGCAAAUAUUAUUCGACCUGGCGAUGCCAAAGCAGUAUGUGGAGAAAUGACUCGUGACCAGCUGAUGUUUGAUUUGUUAAAGUUGGUGAACAUCCUGGUUCAGUUGCCGCUUUCAAGUAACAAGGAGUUUAGUGCCCGGCCACCUAUUGUCAGCAGCACUACAGACAGUGUUUCUGACGAAGAGAAAGUCUACGGUGGAAAGGAUGCCAACAGCAAUUCUUCAGCUACACAAAGUUCCACUGCAUACGUGGCAGAUUUGGUGCUAGCUAACCAGCAGAUUAUGAGCCAAAUUCUCUCUGCCCUGGGCCAGUGCAACAGCAGUGCAAUGGCCAUGAUUAUUGGUGCAAGUGGUUUACAUUUAACUAAACAUGAAAACUUUCAUGGAGGAUUGGAUGCUAUAUCGGUUGGUGACGGCUUGUUCACCAUACUCACCACUCUCAGCAAGAAGGCCACCAGUGUUCAAGUUAUGCUGCAGCCUAUUUUAACUUACAUGGCGUGUGGCUAUAUGGGCAGACAGGGGUCUCUUUCCACUUGCCAGCUGUCAGAGCCUUUGCUCUGGUUCAUCCUAAGAGUUUUGGAUACAAGUGAGGCCUUGAAAGCGUUCCAUGAUAUGGGGGGUGUUCAACUCAUCUGCAAUAACAUGGUGACAAGCACAAGAGCAAUUGUUAACACUGCCAGAAGCAUGGUGUCUACAAUCAUGAAGUUUCUUGACUCUGGCCCCAGCAAAACCUCAGACAGCAGUUUGAAAGCGAGGGUGCUCGCUUCCGAGCCUGAUAAUGCAGAGGGAAUUCACAACUUCGCUCCUCUUGGUACAAUCACAUCAAGUAGUCCAACUGCCCAGCCUGCAGAAGUUCUUUUACAAGCCACCCCCCCACACCGGAGGGCACGGUCUGCUGCCUGGUCUUAUAUCUUUUUGCCAGAGGAAGCUUGGUGUGAUCUCACUAUUCACCUGCCAGCAGCUGUGCUUUUGAAGGAGAUCCAUAUUCAGCCUCACCUUGCAUCCCUUGCCACUUGCCCAUCUUCCGUCUCUGUGGAAAUAAGUGCUGAUGGAGUCAACAUGCUGCCACUGUCCACACCGCUCAACACUAGUGGACUGACAUACAUCAAAAUUCAGCUUGUGAAAGCAGAGGUAGCGUCUGCUGUCUGCCUUCGCCUCCACCGCCCUCGAGAUGCCAGCACUCUUGGACUAUCACAAAUUAAACUGCUGGGCCUGACAGCUUUUGGAAACACUUCAUCAGCAACUGUUAACAACCCGUUCCUUCCUUCUGAGGAUCAGGUGUCUAAAACAAGUAUUGGCUGGUUAAGACUUCUACAUCAUUGCCUCACUCAUAUCAGUGAACUGGAAGCAAUGAUGGCAAGCGCAGCAGCGCCCACAGCCAAUCUGUUACAGACAUGCGCUGCCUUACUGAUGUCUCCGUACUGUGGCAUGCAUUCUCCCAACAUUGAGGCAGUGCUGGUUAAGAUCGGACUUCAGUCUACCAGGAUAGGGCUUCGCCUCAUUGACAUCCUUCUGCGCAAUUGUGCUGCAUCUGGCAGUGACCCUGCAGACUUAAAUAGCCCUCUGCUAUUUGGAAGGCUUAAUGGUUUGUCCUCUGAUUCCACGAUAGAUAUUCUCUACCAGUUAGGGACUACCCAGGACCCUGGAACCAAGGAUAGAAUACAAGCUCUGUUGAAGUGGGUGAGUGAUUCUGCGAGGGUGGCUUCAUUGAAAAGAAAUGGGCGUAGCACUUUCAAUCCUUCAAACAAUUCACCAAGAGAGUUUGGUCUUCUGAUGCCAUCUCCUUCUCAUUUGCACUGUGUGGCGGCCAUUUUGUGGCAUAGUUACGAGCUUCCUGUGGAUUAUGACCUGCCUGGUUUGCUCAACAGAGAUCUAUUUGAGUCCCUGUAUAAAUGGUCCAUGUCUUUACCUUGCAACAUGGUCUUAAAAAAGGCCGUUGACGGACUGCUUUGCUCAAUGUGUCACAUCCACCCGAGUUACUUUUCUCUGCUCAUGGGUUGGAUGGGAAUUACCCCUCCUCCAAUACAAAGCCAGCACAGACUGUCCAUUACAGAUGAUAGCAAAAAGCAAGACCUUAAUGCUGCUCUGACAGACGACUCUAAAAAUGCACAAGCACCUCUUGCACUUACAGAGUCUCACCUGGCCACGCUUGCUGCUUCGUCACAGUCGCCAGAAGCCAUCAAGCAACUGCUGGACUCUGGUUUACCCUCUCUCCUUGUUAGGAGCCUAGUUAAUUUUUGCUUCAGUCACAUAUCGAAUUCAGACUUUGCUGCAGCCUCUGCGGAUGCCACACAGGAGAGACUCCGACGGCAGCACUCAUCUCAGCACUUUAGUAGGAUGCCGGUGACGGCAGACUUGGUGGCACCUAUUCUCAGGUUUCUGACUGAAGUUGGCAAUAGCCAUGUUAUGAAGGACUGGCUCGGAGGCUCUGAAGUUAACCCUCUUUGGACAGCACUUUUGUUUCUACUUUGUCAUUCUGGUGCCAGCUCGACGGGUCAUGUAAAUGGUUCCCAGCAGACCAAUUCCAGGUGCACUUUACUGAACUCCGCUGCAGGAAAUGGUCUCACCACUCAGCAAAGAACCGCUGUGGAAAAUGCAACCGUGGCCUUUUUCUUGCAGUGCAUAUCUUGUCAUCCAAAUAACCAGCGUUUAAUGGCACAGGUUCUCUGCGAGCUUUUCCAAUCUUCUCCACAGCGUGGGAAUCUCCCAGCGUCCGGAAACAUCUCUGGCUUCAUUAGAAGACUCUUCCUGCAAUUGAUGUUGGAAGAUGAAAAAGUUACCAUGUUCCUUCAGUCUCCCUGCCCGUUGUACAAGGGAAGAAUCAAUGCUACAAGUCACAUCAUCCAACAUCCCAUGUACGGAGCAGGACACAAGUUCCGCACCCUUCACCUGCCUAUUUCUACCACGCUGGCAGAGUUGCUUGACCGGGUCUCUGACACGCCAAGCAUUACUGCAAAGUUGAUUAGUGAGCAGAAAGAUGACAAGGAAAAGAAAAACCAUGAGGAGAAAGAGAAGGUGAAAGCUGAAAAUGGAUUCCAGGAUAAUUACAGCGUUGUCGUUGCUUCAGGAUUAAAAUCACAGUCGAAACGGGCUGUCUCCUCCACACCACCACGUCCACCAUCUAGACGAGGAAGAGUAAUGACUGAUAAAGUAGGUGGCUCUUCCUCAGGAGUGGACUCUUCAAGCAAGACCAUCAGCAUCCCUGUGUUCCACCUUUACCAUAAAUUGCUGCCAGGUCAGCCCUUACCCCCUGAAAUGACCCUUGCACAGCUCCUCACCCUCUUGUAUGAAAGAAAGCUCCCUCAAGGUUUUCAGUCAGUAGACCUAACAGUCAAACUUGGUUCCAAGGUGAUCUCUGAUCCAAGCUUGUCAAAAACUGAUUCCUUUAAGAGACUUCAUACUGAAAAAGGUAUGCUUUCAGCUUACGAACAUGGCGAUCUGCUUGGAGCCUGCCCAGAAGAUGAUGUACUGAGCCCAGGAGAUGAGUGCAUGGAAUCUCUUUUGGAUGAAUCUUUCCUGGAAACCUGUCCAAUCCAGUCACCAUUACAGGUGUUUGCAGGAAUGGGUGGACUGGCCCUCAUUGCUGAGCGUCUUCCCAUGCUUUAUCCGGAUGUUAUUCAGCAGGUCAGUGCUCCUGUGGUUACCUCAACAACACAAGAAAAACCAAAGGAUAGUGAUCAGUUUGAAUGGGUUACCAUUGAACAAUCGGGAGAGCUGGUCUAUGAAGCCCCAGAAACCAUUGCUGCAGAGCCCCCUCCCAUCAAGUCUGCCGUGCAGACCAUGUCUCCCAUCCCUGCCCACUCUCUUGCCGCAUUUGGACUCUUUCUCCGUCUCCCGGGGUACGCUGAAGUUCUGCUGAAGGAGAGGAAGCAUGCACAGUGCCUACUUCGUCUGGUGCUGGGAGUUACCGAUGAUGGGGAAGGAAGUCAUAUUUUACAGUCUCCAUCUGCAAAUGUCCUACCAACUCUUCCUUUUCAUGUUUUGCGCACCUUGUUCAGCACAAUGCCCCUCACCACAGAUGAUGGCGUGCUUCUGAGGCGUAUGGCACUAGAAAUCGGAGCUAUACAUCUCAUUCUUGCCUGCUUGUCCGCUCUGAGUCACCAUGCUCCCAGGAUACCCAAUUCUAGUUCCAAUCAAACAGAGCCACAGGUUUCCAGCACACACAACAGUGGCACUUGUGAAGAGCAGCAACUUUACUGGGCUAAGGGGACUGGAUUUGGCACCGGAUCUACCGCUUCGGGCUGGGACGUUGAGCAGGCCCUGACAAAACAGAGGCUGGAAGAAGAGCAUGUGACCUGCUUGUUAAUGGUUCUUGCUAGCUAUAUAAAUCCAUCUGGGUGUGCAGUUAAUGGAGAAGUGCCAACCAACGAAAUUCGAGGGCAAAACAGUAAUGCACUUCCAUCUGUCUUGUUGGAGCUACUAAGUCAAUCCUGUCUAAUACCGGCGAUGUCCUCAUACUUGCGGAAUGACUCAGUGUUGGACAUGGCCAGACAUGUGCCCCUGUACCGAGCCUUGCUGGAGCUGCUCCGAGCCAUUGCUUCAUGUGUUGCACUGGUACCUUUACUCCUUCCUCUUCCUGGUGUUAAUGGAGAAGAAGAGGAGGAACAGUCCGAGUCACAAACAUCGGUGGGGACUUUGCUGGCAAAAAUGAAGACCUGUGUUGACACCUAUACUAACAGAUUAAGGUCCAAGAAAGAUAAGGCCAAAGCUGGAGUGAAACCAGAUGCAUCUGAUCCUGAGCCAGAAGGACUAACGUUGUUAGUGCCAGACAUUCAGAGAACAGCUGAGAUAGUGUAUGCCGCCACCACCAGCCUCCGCCAAGCAAAUCAAGAAAAGAAGAUGGCCGAAUUCUCCAAAAAGGUCUCUGUGAAAUCAAAACCUUUCUCAGUCUUACGGUCCUUGGAAGAGAAAUAUGUUGCUGUUAUGAAAAAACUUCAGUUUGAUACCUUUGAGAUGGUGUCUGAAGACGAUGACGGAAAGCUGAUGUUUAAAGUGAAUUACCACUACAUGUCUCAGGUGAAAAACGCGAGUGAUGCAAACAGUGCAGCACGAGCCAGACGCCUGGCCCAGGAGGCAGUGACCCUUUCUACAUCGUUACCCCUGUCAUCCUCAUCCAGCGUCUUUGUCCGAUGUGAUGAGGAACGGCUAGACAUCAUGAAGGUUUUAAUAACAGGACCAGCAGACACCCCAUAUGCAAAUGGGUGUUUUGAAUUUGAUGUCUACUUUCCUCAAGAUUACCCAAAUUCACCUCCUCUUGUGAAUUUGGAGACGACGGGAGGACACAGUGUUAGGUUUAAUCCAAACCUUUACAAUGAUGGAAAGGUUUGUUUAAGCAUACUUAAUACUUGGCAUGGGAGACCAGAGGAGAAAUGGAAUCCACAGACAUCGAGUUUUUUGCAGGUAUUGGUGUCUGUCCAGUCCCUCAUCCUUGUAUCUGAACCAUAUUUUAAUGAGCCAGGAUAUGAGAGAUCAAGAGGAACACCAAGUGGCACACAGAGCUCCAGAGAAUAUGAUGGGAAUAUCCGACAGGCCACAGUCAAGUGGGCCAUGCUAGAACAAAUUAGGAAUCCUUCACCAUGUUUUAAAGAGGUGAUUCAUAAACACUUUUACUUGAAGCGAGCAGAAAUCAUGGCCCAGUGUGAAGACUGGAUAGUAGACAUUCAGCAGUUCAGCAGUGACAAACGUGUCGGCAGGACCAUGUCCCACCAUGCAGCAGCAUUAAAGCGGCAUACGGCUCAGCUCCGAGAAGAGCUCUUAAAGCUCCAGUGCCCCGAAGGCUUGGACCCAGACGCUGAUGAGUCUACAGAAAAAUGCCUUGCCACAGCAAGCUGCGAGGAGGCUUCACUGCACGAACAGGUCAAACCCAGCAGCAGUAAAGACAUCCCUGGUGACUUCAAAUUCUGAGCAGCUUUGGCAUGGACUUUUACACACAGGCUUUGAAGCACAGCCAAAUAUGUCCAUAUUUGUAUGUAAGAAGCUAAUUAUGUAAUAGUUAAUGAAGCUAAGACUAUUCUAUGCCCUUAAGGUUAUACAGAUUAAUUCAAGAUGAUCUUUUACCUGUAAAAGAGUGUAAACUUUUUUUGUGCUUUUAUUUUUCAAUUGUGAGAACCACUGAUUGGUAUGUUUAGCAAAUGGAAAAUGGUGAAAUCACUGAAAUAAGGGAAAUGUUCCUUACGAAAGAAUGUUUACUGAAUGUUUUUUGUUUUUGUUUUUUUCUUUUGUUUUUUUUACCAAUAGAUUGAGGGCGGUGUAACAAAGAAUAUAUAUUGGUCAUUCUUAUUACUACAACUAUUUAAAGACUGCAAAUUUUCACUGAAUUUGAUAGGUUUUGGCCAUACCUUCAUUCUCAUUUUUUGAUU